UUUUAUGAAGCACUUGAUGAUGAAGAUAAGAGUGCUACGUUAGCAGAACUUUCAGAUUACGCCAAAAGACCCAAAAAAAUCUGUUCCUUUUUCUUAUCCUUUUCCAUAAUAAUAAUAAAAUACAGUUCUUUUUCCUUGCUUAAAACUGUGAAGCAAGGAAGAAAAAAAGGGAAUUAAGAAAAAAAAAAAAAAAAAAAAACUCUGAACCAUGACUAUUGGCACAAAGAAUGCAAACAAUCCAAGAAAAUGCAAGCAACCCAUUGAUGAGAAAUCUGCAUUGUUGCUUGAGAACCAAAGCUUAGGUGAGCAUGCAGGUCAAGAAAUCAAUGGAGCUUCGUUUAUUGGUGCAGUGUUCAAUCUGUCAACCACCAUUAUUGGUGCUGGGAUUAUGUCUUUGCCAGCAACCAUGAAGGUUUUGGGUCUUGGUCUUGGGGUUGCUAUGAUUAUCUUCGUUGCAAUUUUGACCGAGGCUUCGGUUGAGAUGCUGCUGAGGUUCAGCAGGGUUGGGAAAUCAGUGACUUAUGGAGGUGUAGUGGGGGAUUCUUUUGGGAAAGUUGGAAGGGUUUUGUUUCAGUUAUGUAUUUUGGUUAACAAUGUUGGAAUCCUCGUUGUCUACAUGAUAAUCAUUGGUGAUGUGCUUUCUGGAUCUUCUUCAAAUGGAGUUCAUCACUUUGGUGUAUUGGAAGGAUGGUUCGGGGAACACUGGUGGAAUGGCCGUGCCUUUGUUCUGUUUGUUACAACCAUUGCUGUUUUUGCUCCAUUGGCAUGCUUAAAGCGAAUAGAUUCAUUGAAAUAUACAUCUACUUUAGCUGUUGCUCUGGCAGUCGUUUUUCUGGUUAUAACUGCGGGAAUUGCGAUUGUCAAAUUGUUUAAUGGAAGUAUUGACAUGCCCAGGUUCUUUCCUAAAGUGACUGACCUUACAUCAGUGUGGAAACUCUUCACAGUGGUUCCUGUUCUUGUGACAGCAUUCAUUUGCCAUUUCAAUGUGCAUUCGAUAGACAAUGAGCUCGAAGACAUUUCAUUGAUACAACCGGUUGUGCGAACAUCAUUGGCUCUGUGCUCUGCUGUCUACAUAAUGACAAGUUUCUUUGGUUUCCUCUUAUUUGGUGACUCAACUCUUGAUGAUGUUCUAGCCAACUUCGACACCAACCUUGGCAUUCCUUACAGCUCUCUAUUGAACGAUGCUGUUCGUAUAAGCUAUGCCUUGCACCUCAUCCUUGUUUUCCCAAUUAUUUUCUAUCCACUGCGGCUCAACAUCGAUGAUCUUCUCUUUCCUUCAGCUAGGCCUUUGGUUUCUGAUAACCUGCGGUUUUCAUUAAUCAGCAUUAUACUUAUAUCUCUAACCUUCUUGGGUGCAAUUUUUAUACCAAGCAUCUGGGAUGUUUUCCAGUUUACCGGAGCAACAGCAACAGUGUGCAUUGCAUAUAUAUUUCCUGCUUCCAUUGCACUAAAGGAUCCUCAUGGUAUAGCAACAAAGAAGGACAAGAUCUUAUCUAUUUUCAUGAUUGGUCUUGCUGUUUUUUCUAAUUUGUUGGCUAUAUAUAGCAAUGCCAAUGCCCUGUUGGUGAAGAAUGCGAUCCCAAAUGCAUGAUUUUACUUGGAUUCACUCAUUGGCAUAAAAGAAGGAAAGAUGAUAUUUAGGCCAAUUGAAAACCUGAUAAACAGGAUUCAAUGCACUAUCAGCCAGCUCAGCUGUUCCCUCAAAUUGGAUUUUGUCUAUAAAUAUUCAGUCACUUUUCUCUGUAACUAUUUUGAGAUAUUUGAGUUGGAAAAGCCACUGGCAUUCUUUAAUUUUAUGUUCUGUGACAUUUCUUGUAUUUGUAAUAUUAUGCUGUUGUAAACAACAGAUACUGAAAAGUGGCUAAGAGAUUGAUUGAUUA